AUGGCAAACGUGGCCUUCAUGCAGGGACAGCUGGACAACGCAGAAAAGCUGUACAAAGCAAGUAUGAGCUAUUUGCUUGCAGGGGACACAAAGGAGGAUGACAAUGCAAUCCUUGAGAUGUCCCUCAAGCUGGCCAGUAUCUACGCUGCCCAGAAACAGCACAAAUUAGCCCUGGCUGGCUACGAGUUCUGCAUCCUGACCUUGGAGGAGAAGAUUGCCAAGCAAAAGGACUUGCCUGAGGAUGUCUUACCAGCUGAAGAGAAGGCCAACACUCGUCUCUUGCUUGGGAUGAGCCUGGACUCCUAUGCUCGUUAUCUCCUCAGCCUUAACCAGCUCCCAGCGGCCCAAAAAAUGUAUGAGAAGGCUCUGCAGCUCUCAAAUGAUGUUCAGGGAGAGACUCAUCCACAGAGUGUGGUCCUGAUGAACGACUUGGCCACCGUGCUGGAUGCCCAGGGACGCUACGACGAGGCGCACUCCUGUGUGAGGAGAGCAGCAGAGCUGGCCAAGGAGACCCAGCACCCCGAGGAGCACAUGGUGCUGAACAACCUGGCAGCAAUUCUGAUGCACAAAGAAGACUUUCUGCAAGCAAAACAAGUGUACAAAGAAGCUCUCAAGCAGGCACGACAGAAGGGAGAUGAUGCUUCUGUCCAGCACAUCCAGGAAGAACUAGCUGAGCUGGCCAAGAGGAUAAAAGGCUCCAAAUAAGUCUGGCCAUGGAGUCCAACCUUCAGGUGUCUGACAGCAGCAAGGGUUUUGGUGCAAUUCUCCAGGAAAAGAACAAUGAGGAGUUUAAGGACUGCUUAAACAAGAAGGGCUGCUGUUGCCUAACAGCGUAGCCCAAAAUAAAGUUGUGAAAUUUUAA